ACAGACAACAAAGGGGUAGUGAAGAGUAGCCUAAUACUUGGAAAAGACUUGCAUUCUAUUACUAACAAAGGACUGAACAAGGACUUUCAGGGGCUGACAGAAUUGCCACAAAACUUGUUUGGUAUCAACAGAAAGUGCAUCGACAGUCAAGAAGUUCAGAAGAGAGAGACACCGAAAGGUGAGAGGAAAUUUUGAAAUGUCUUCAUUUGAGACUCAGGGCCAGUCUCCUCCUCGAUGUGGCCCACAGUUCCCCAGUCUGGGACAGGAGCCACCUGAGCUCAGCAUGUACAGUGACUGUUACUACCCUCCUCCUUCACUGCCGAGUCCUCAGCGCACCACUCCGACAUCCUACGAUCUGAGCGACUACACCACCUCCUCCCCGAACCCUUACCUGUGGUUCAACGGCUCUGGGAUCAACACACCACCGUACUUGGCGACGACUGGUCCCUCUGGCAAUCCCGGCCCUCCCUUUGUUCCUCAGCACUAUGGCAUGCAGAGGUCUUACCUAGGUCCAGCUGGAGCUGGAGGCCCAGGAGGGGAGCUGAGCUGGUUCUCUCUGCCCUCACAAGAAGACCUGAUGAAACUGGUUAGGCCCCCUUACUCCUACUCUGCUCUGAUUGCCAUGGCUAUCCACGGAGCGCCAGACAAGAGACUGACGUUGAGUCAGAUUUACCAGUACGUCGCUGACAACUUCCCCUUCUACAACAAGAGUAAAGCAGGCUGGCAGAAUUCGAUCAGGCACAACCUGUCACUCAACGACUGCUUCAAAAAAGUGCCAAGAGAUGAGGAUGAUCCAGGAAAGGGCAACUACUGGACGCUUGAUCCAAACUGUGAAAAGAUGUUUGACAACGGAAACUUCCGCCGCAAAAGAAAGAGAAAGUCUGACACCCUCCCCGGUGGUGACGGCAGUUCAGGGGCUCCAGAAUCAGGCGACAGUGAGAGAGGCAGCCCCAAACAUUCUGGAAACCCUGCCCUUAGCAUGUCCCCCACACCUGACAGGAUCCCAUCGCCUACAUCGUCGGGUCCUGCACCUUGUCUGAGUAGUUUCUUGUCUGAAAUGUCUGGUGUGACGUCUGCGUCAGCCACCGAGGUGGGAGGCGAUGGGUUAAGCCGGCCACUGCAGAUUAAUCUUCCUUUAGAUGGGCCCAGACCUGCACAGCCUGGAAGCUUUAUUAACUACUCCCCCAACUCAGUGGGGCCAGAGUGGGUACCUCAAGUGCCAGCUCCCCCUGUGCUCUCUUCAUCACCUACCCACUCUUCCUUAGGGUACACUAGCCCCAUUCUCAGCCAGUACACUGGCUCCAAUGGGCAUUUCUACCCCACACUGGGCUCAACGGGAAUCAUCUAUCAUCGAGAGGGCACAGAGGUGUGAUAAGACAAUAUGACAGGGAAAAAGUUUGGCUUGAAAAGACUCUUGACAGGAAGUUAUACUUGUCUGUCUGUUACCUGUGUUUUUAGAGAGGUUCUCAUGUGAAAGACAAUACACACACACACACACACACACACACAGCAUGUUUGCGCUGACAGAGACGGUUGAGAUCUGUAGAGUGUGUGACAGCAGAGUACGGAGGCUUUGAUUCUCACAGGAACAGCUGAGUCAGCAGCAGCAGUCGACAAGUGUCCCUCCCUGAAACCGUUGUCAGCCUCUCUAUCAGAUCCUCAGUCAGCUUUUAUUCAACCUAAAGCCAGUCUCUAUCAGAUCUGACUCACUAUUAACAGAUUCUAAAUCUGAUCUGCUGACAUCAGGUCAUUCCACGCUGUGAUUCUCACACAUACAGUGCCCAGACAGCACAUUUAAAGGUGUAGUUAAAUUACAGCAUUGUCUACAUCUGAUGAACUGACAGUCUUGUAGUCGGAUUGUUCUGUGUACAUACUAUGUCUCUGUGCUGUGUAAUGUUAUACAUUUAUUAUGUUGAUUUGUUGGUGCAACUGUCAUUGCACAAAAUUGCCUUUUGAUGUACAUUGUUUUAUUUUGUGUUUUUGUUAUGAAUAAAAUUAUUUCAGAUGUCAA